CCUCAGUGAUUUACCUUCAUCAUGAACGGUUUGAAAUACAAAGGUAAAUAAGUAAAUAACUUUAGUCCUCUCCGUAUUAUGUAUACAUAUUCUGUUAUUACCUGAACAAGCACUGGUAAAAUGGAGUCCUGCAGUCAUGAGGGAUCUCAGGGACAUAUUGAAUGCAGCUGAUUAUUUCUUAAUAAAGAAGACUGGAAUUAUGCCACUGCAAAUGAACAAACGACAAAGGAUACAAGUUUGAAAAUUACUGUCAUUGCAAAGGGCACAGUCAUGCGUCUAAUAUUCUGGAUUCUAGGAAUGGUGUCAUUACUUCAUGAUUUGUUGAAAACAUUUGCAAUUAAGACACAGUUACAUCUAGACCAAGAUUCGGUAAAUCUGCUAAAGGAACUUGGUGAUUUUGACAUUACAACUCCCUGUCGUGUGAACAUAUUUGGAGAACCAUUUCCAAAGAACCAACACUUUAGAAGGAAAAAACGAAGUUUGACUCCCACCACAGAGCAGUGGAACACUUCCCAAACCCACUACAAACUGAAUGCCUUUGGCAAGGACUUCCAUUUCAGUUUAACUGCCACUUCUGGAUUUAUUGCUCCACUAUAUACUGUCACUUUUCUUGGAGCACCUGAAGGUAAUCAAACCGAUGUUUUCACUGAAGAUGAUGAAGAUAUUAGACACUGCUUUUACCAUGGCAUGGUAAAUGGCCAUCCAGAGCACAUUGCUGUGCUAAGUCUUUGCUCAGGAAUGCAUGGUACAUUUAGGUCCCACGAUGGAGAUUAUUUUGUGGAACCACUUUCAAACCUCCAUAGGGGAGACUUUGAAGAAGGCAAUAACCAGCACAUUGUCUACAGACCUCAUACUUCUAAAAAAUUAACAAGGGACAUUCAUUCAUGUGCGACUUCAGAAAAAAAUCACCACAGAAGAUCUAGAAACAGAAGGAUGAAGCAGACCAGUGACACAUGGACAUUAUAUGAAACAAUAAAUAGAACAUUAUCAGCAAUGCAGUUUUCCAUCACUGGCAACAAAUCCAUUAACAUGAAUGCAACUGGAAUCCACAAAAGGACUAAGAGAUUUUUAUCAUACCCUCGAUAUGUUGAAGUAAUGGUGGUGGCGGACAACAAAAUGGUGGCUUACCAUGGUGCUAACUUACAACAUUAUAUUUUAACUUUAAUGUCAAUUGUUGCUUCUAUUUAUAAGGAUCCAAGUAUUGGGAAUCUAAUUAAUAUUGUUAUUGUAAAACUGACUGUCAUAACUAAUGAACAGAAUGGUCCUUCAAUCUCCUUCAGUGCACAUUCUACUCUAAAGCAUUUCUGUGUGUGGCAGAAAUCGCACAAUCACCCAGAUGACCAGCACCAUUCUCACCAUGACACAGCAAUACUCAUCACAAGACAAGAUAUUUGCAGAGCAGCAAAUAAAUGUGACACACUAGGAUUGGCUGAACUUGGUACGAUGUGUGAUCCUUACAGAAGCUGUUCCAUCAUUGAAGAUAAUGGGCUAAGUACUGCGUUUACUAUAGCACAUGAACUUGGACAUGUGUUUAAUAUGCCUCAUGAUGACAGCAAUAAGUGUAAUGAGAAUGGUAUGAAAACACAAUCUCAUGUUAUGGCACCGAUACUUACCCAUAAUACAAAGCCAUGGCUAUGGUCAAAGUGCAGCAGGAAAUACAUUACAGAAUUUUUAGAUACUGGGUAUGGGGAAUGCUUGCUCGAUGAGCCUGUAGUAAGAACAUACACUCUACCUCAACAACUUCCAGGUCAAGUUUACAAUAUAAGUAAACAGUGUGAAAUCAUAUUUGGACCAGGUUCUCAGGUGUGCCCUUAUAUGAUGCAGUGCAGAAGACUGUGGUGCACAAGCAGCGAAGGCGCACAGAGAGGUUGCCGCACACAACAUACGCCUUGGGCUGAUGGAACUGAGUGCGAACCUGGAAAGCACUGCAAACAUGGACAUUGUGUUGCUAAGGAGUCUUCUUCACCACCGACAGAUGGAUCCUGGGGUGCAUGGAGUCCUUUUGGGGCCUGUUCAAGAUCCUGUGGAGGUGGCAUAAAAACGUCUCUUCGAGAGUGCAACAGGCCUGAGCCCAGAAAUGGUGGCAGAUACUGUGUGGGCCGUAGAAUGAAGUUUAAGUCUUGCAACACUAAUCCUUGUCCCAUGCAAAAGGACUUCAGAGAUGACCAAUGUGCUCAGUUUAAUGGAAGGCAUUUAAAUAUGAAUGGUAUAUCUGCUAAUGUCACCUGGGUCCCUAAAUACAGUGGAAUUUUACUGAAAGAUCGAUGCAAGCUGUUUUGUAGAGUAGCUGGAAGCUCUUCCUACUUUCAACUCAGGGACAGAGUUAUUGAUGGCACUCCAUGUGGGCCAAACACUAAUGAUAUCUGUGUGCAAGGACUGUGCCGGCAAGCCGGAUGUGAUCAUGUGCUGAAUUCAAAAGCAAGAAGGGACAAAUGUGGAGUGUGUGGUGGAGAUAACACAUCUUGCAAACCUGUAGCUGGCACAUUCAAUACAGCCAUUUAUGGCUAUAAUAGAAUAGUGCGCAUACCCUCAGGAGCAACUAAUAUUGAUGUGCAACAGCAUAGUUAUUCAGGGAGACCAGAAGAUGACAACUAUCUUGCUCUAGCAAACCACCAUGGAGAGUUCUUAAUAAAUGGACACUUUGUUGUCAGUAUGUUCAAAAGGGAUAUUAAAGUUGGAAAUGCUGUAAUUGAAUACAGUGGAUCUGGUCAUGCAAUAGAACGCAUAAACUGCACUGAUCGUAUUGAAGAAGAACUAGAAGUCCAGGUUUUGUCUGUGGGCAGGUUGAAUAACCCUGAUGUUCGUUAUACAUUUAAUAUUCCUAUUGAAGAUAAAGCGCAGCACUAUUUUUGGAACCCCAAUGGCUCAUGGCAGGAUUGCAGCGCCCUUUGUCAAGGUGAACGAAGGAGAAAGCUGGUGUGCAUCAGAGAAGAAGACUUGCUAGUGGUUUCAGAUCAAAGAUGCGAUCGCAUUUCACAACCAAGUCCCAUAGUUGAAAGGUGUAAUAUGGACUGUGAAGUCAGAUGGCACAUUGCUAGAAAGAGUGAAUGCACUGCACAGUGUGGUCAUGGGUAUCGUUCUUUGGAUAUAUACUGUACAAAGUACAUUAAGACAAGUGGUAAAACAGAAAAAAUUGAUGAGCGGUUCUGUGUUGGCAUUCAUAAACCAAAUGAUAAAGAGGGAUGUGUUGGAGACUGUACUAUAGGAGGAUGGCAAUAUUCAUCUUGGUCUGAAUGUUCCAAAAGCUGUGGGGGUGGAUUAAGACGACGGCUGGCAACCUGUAUUAAUUCACUGGGUGCCCAUCUUGAUGACAACAAAUGCAGCAUGCAAGAAAAAGUAAUUAUAGAACGAUGUAAUGAAUACAUAUGUCCACAGUGGAGCCCAUCAGAAUGGUCUGAGUGCUUGGUUACCUGUGGGAAAGGUCAUAGACAUCGCCACAUACUUUGUCACUUUGGAGAACAACAAGUAGAUGACAGAUUUUGCAGCCCUGAGACAAAACAAGAGUCUUUACAAACAUGUCAACAGCCAGAAUGUUCAGCAUGGCAAGUUGGACCAUGGGGACAGUGCACUGUAAGCUGUGGUCAAGGCUACCAGAUAAGAGCAGUGAAAUGUGUUGCUGGAGCUUAUGGUAAUGUCGUAGAUGACAAUGAAUGUAAUGCUGGCAGAAGACCAACAGACAGUCAGGACUGUGAAAUGGCACCAUGUCCUGCUCUGUAUCCAAGUGUUCCAGAAAUCAAAACAACCUCUAAUGUACUGCAUGAAGCUGAAUGGAGAUUUGGCUCUUGGACUCCUUGCUCUGCUACAUGCGGGAAAGGCUCCAGAAUUCGAUAUGUCAGUUGCAGAGAUUUUAGUGGUGUAGUCGCAAAUGAAGCAGCAUGUUCUCAUCUCCCUAAGCCUCCAGUUACAGAAGAAUGUGUGGCUAUACCAUGUGGACAGUGGAAGGCCCUUGACUGGAGCUUGUGUUCAGUAUCUUGUGGCCAGGGGAAGGCAAAACGUCAAAUAACUUGUGUAGAUUUUGGUUACCAAAUUGUUGAUGGAAAUGAAUGUGACUCAGAAGAUAUGCCUGCAACUGAACAGGAAUGUAAUAUGCCUCCAUGUGAUGAAUAUGUUAACAACAAUGAAAACCCCAUCCAUUCAAUUCAUCAUGUCAAUUACCAUCCCAGAUGGCACUCAAGAAAUGGAGCCAUAACCCCUGGCAAGGAUGGUAUACAAGUUUCAGAUGACAGUCAGUGGAGAAUUGGGCCUUGGGGAGCGUGUUCAAGCACAUGUGCUGGUGGAUUCCAGAGGCGGGCUGUUGUAUGCCAAGAUUUAAAUGGAUAUCGUGCAAAUAGCUGUAAUGAACAAACUAAGCCAACUGAACAAAGAUCAUGCGAGGCCGGUCCUUGUCCACAGUGGGCAUAUGGCAGCUGGGGAAAGUGUACAAAAUCAUGUGGUGGAGGUAUAAGAACAAGGCAUGUUAUAUGUCACCACCCCAGUGGAGAAAGACUUAAUGAUCAAAACUGCGAAAUUCUUGAAAAACCUCCAGAUCGUGAACAAUGCAAUACUCAAGGCUGCCCACCAAAUGCUGUCUGGAAGAGUGGUCCAUGGAGCUCGUGCUCUGUUUCUUGUGGGAAAGGAAUAAGAAUGCGGUUUGUAUCCUGUGUGACUAAGGAAGGAAAACAAAUAGAAGAUUUAUACUGUAGCCACCUGACUAAACCAGAUGUGCAAAGAAAAUGCAGAGGUGGGCGCUGCCCUAAAUGGAACACUGAAGACUGGGGGCAGUGCUCAGUCUCCUGUGGUCAAGGAACUCAGAAAAGAGAUGUGAACUGUUUGUCUGCAGCCCAGAAAAACGUACAGGAUUCUGAAUGUAUCCUAGCAGUAAAGCCUACCACUGUGCAACUCUGUCACCUUGCAAACUGCCCAGAUUACCACUGGAAAUCAGAAGACUGGCAGGAGUGCUCUAAAACAUGUGGUUCAGGAAUAAAAAUUCGAAAAGUAGUCUGUGUGAAUGAUAACAACGAAGAAGCUUCCAGUAUGCUCUGCCAAGGGAAUAGGCCACCUGACACAGACAACUGUUCUGUUACACCUUGUGAAUAUGUUUGGAUCACUGGAGAAUGGUCAGAGUGCUCUGUUACAUGUGAUUAUGGCUACCAGCGAAGGCUUGUUACAUGCAGUGAAAUAUAUAACAACAAGGAUCACUAUGAAUAUGGAUUUGAGGCAACAGUACAGUGUCCGGGAACCCAGCCACCAACUAUGCGGUCAUGCUAUAGUGGAGAAUGUCAGCCAUCAACUACCUGGAGUGUUGGAAACUGGGGAAGUUGUUCUGUGAGCUGUGGAGAAGGGGUGAUGCAUCGAUCAGUGAGGUGUUUAACUUCUGAUGGACAGACAAGUAAUCGCUGCCCACUUGCUAUGAAGCCAGAAGAGAGUGUAGCAUGCCAGAACCCUGACUGUGAUUUGCCAACAAGUUGCCAAGAUCUGCAGCAGUUUGAAGGACUUACUGAAGACAAUGAAUAUUUGAUUAACAUUCAAGGAAAAAUAGUAAAGAUUUAUUGUGCUAGCAUGCAAUCUGAUAGCCCAAGAGAAUAUAUAUCACUUCUAAGUGGUGAUGCAGAGAACUUCUCGGAAGUUUUUGGUCUGAGACUCCUUAAUCCAACAGAGUGCCCACAUAAUGGAAACAGGAGAGAAGACUGCCACUGCAAAAGAGAUUACACAGCAGCUGGGUUCACGACCUUCAGUAAAGUAAGGAUAGAUCUCAGCACCAUGCAAAUAAUAACAACUGAUUUACAUUUUGCACACACUCGUGAAGGCUGGUCUGUACCAUUUGCAACAGCAGGCGACUGUUACAGUGCUGCUAGAUGUCCACAGGGUCAGUUUAGUAUCAAUCUCCAUGGAACUGGCUUUUCAAUACAUGAAGACACCCAAUGGGCAACGCAGGGAAAUUAUGCAGUCAUGAAUCUACAGAGAGCACCUGAUGGUGGCAAAGUAAAAGGGAAAUGUGGUGGUUACUGUGGAAAAUGUACUCCGUCUUCUACAACUGGUUUAUUGGUUAAGGUGCUGUAAAUCCACCCGAUUAUACUGUAUCUGACUCUUUACAUUGGCCCAUUUGAAAUUAAUGGCUGCAGCAGAUCUGUUUAACUAGGUUCCAGAAGCCAUUGUGACAUUAAGAUUUAUACAUACAAGGAAGACAAUAUCAAGUGAAUUAUAAAGGGAAAUGGAAUUAAAAAUAUCCUUGAGUAAACAUGUAGCAGUUACUUCAAGUAAACACUUUCAGGUCGUAAGAGCACAGGAUGUCAGUCUAGGAGAUAACUGCAAAGUACAGGUCUGAUCAGAAAAAUGAAUAAAUCUGCAUAAUCAACUGACGUGAAAUAAAAUCUGCAGAAUCAGACGUAAGUUCUUUAGGACUCUAUCAAGAAUGACUCCAGCAAAGCCAUAAAUGUCCUCUUUCAAAUGCACUGUAAAGUUCUUACUAGGUUAUGUAAAGACUAUUCAAAAUAUUGUAAGAUUUUCACUGCAUGUAAUAUUCUUAUAUGCUUUUCUGCUGGAGUUAAAAUACAAAAGGGAAGGAUAAAAUAUGUUACCUCUUGGUUCGUGCAAGAGUCUGACUGUAUA